GUCCUCGCCCUCCUCCUAGCAACUCCCGCCCUCGCCUCCACAAACCCUCCUCCCCCCCGUCCCCGCGGCGUCCCCAAAUCCAAAGCCUCCCUCUACCUCCCCUCGCCAGAUGGUUCCUUCACCUGCCUCGACAACUCAAAGACCAUCCCUUUCUCCCGCGUCAACGACGACUACUGCGAUUGUCCCGACGGCUCCGACGAGCCGGGUACGUCCGCGUGUGAGAAUGGGAAGUUUCAUUGCAUGAAUCGGGGACAUGUUCCGGGGUGGUUGUCGAGUUCGCGGGUUGGGGAUGGGAUAUGUGAUUAUGAUGUUUGCUGUGAUGGGUCAGACGAGGAGUGGGUAUUCCCGGGAUUGUGUCCAGACCGCUGUGCGGAGAUUGGGAAAGCUGCACGCGAAGCCGAACGGGAGAAACGGAGAAUCAACGCAGAGGGGUGGGCGGAGCGGGAGAAACUCGUUGCUGAAGCCGCACAGAAACGCGCGGAGGUCGAGCAAAAACUUGAAGAAGCACGGGCGAAGAUCACGGCUGCGAGGCAUAGAGAAGCACUCCUCAAGCAAAACCUCGACGAAAUCCUCGCUCACGAAGCCACCAUCGCAAAACGCCUCGGCUCCGGCGGCGCCGCCGCCGUCGCCCAGAAAGCCCGAGAGAAAAUCGCGAGGUAUCAGAACGCUAUACAGAGUUUACGGGCGGCUAUCUCCACCCAACGCGAACGAACCGAAAUACUAGAGGGAAUCCUCGACGACCUCGCAAAAGGCUACAACCCAAACAACCAAGACAUGGCCGUCAAAGCCGCCGUCGUAGGCUGGACCGAGCUCAAAGCCGCCCUCGUCGCUCCUGCAGACAAUACAGACGUGAGCAUGAAUGCUGCCGAGAUUCGGGAUUUGUUGGAGGAAGAGGAUGAUUUGGGUGAUGUUAUUGAGUUAUUGGAUAUGCGCGAAGUCGAGGAAGCCGUGAAUUUGUUGUGGAAGAUUCGGGCGUAUCUCCCCGAUCCCGUGAAUCAGUAUCUCAUGUCGACCUACAACACCGUCAAGGAGCAACUGCAGCAAUACGGCAUCAUCUCCUCCCCCGCAUCCCCAUCCACCUCCUCGCAGGACUCUAAAACAGCGGCUGAAGCCCGCUCCGCACACACCAAAGCAUCCCAAGAAAUCCGCGACCUAUCCGCACAAAUCGAUCGCGCACAAAAAGAUUUGGAGGAGGAUUUUGGGCAGGACGGGGUUUGGCGCGCGCUUAAGGGGGUGAAGGUCGAGGUUGUUGUGGGUGAGUAUACGUAUGAACUCAUACUCCUCGAGAAAGCUACACAGCGGUCGAAUCGUGACUCGACUCGCUCAAACCUCGGGUCGUUCUCGCGCUUCGAGACCGCCAACAAUGGGGGAAUAGUACUCGUGUAUGAACGAGGCGCAAAAUGCUGGAACGGGCCUGAUCGGAGUGUCAAGGUGUAUAUUGAAUGUGGAGCUGGGGCUGGGACUGGGACUGGGAAGGAGAUGGAGGUUUUGGGGGUUGUGGAGCCGGAGAAGUGUGAGUAUGCGAUGAGGGUGAGGGGGCCUGUUGGAUGU